GGUCUCCCGGAGCUGAUGUGUACUGUGUGCGCCGGGGACGCGCCGGCGUGUACUGUGCAGCGCGGGAAUGAAGUUUGCUGAUUUGGUGUCUAGCCUGGAUGCUUGGGUUGCAGGCCCUGCUUGUGGUGGCGCUCCACAGUCAUCCGGCUGAAGGAGAAGACCUGUUGGACUUUAUCUUCUCAGGUUUUUUUCAGAUAUUGUUUUGUAUUUACCCAUGAAGACAUUGGUUUUUUGGACUCUGCAAAUAGGACAUUUCAAAGAUGAAUGAAAAAAAAUCGGAAACAACUUCACGGCAGCGGAAAUGUCCUGAAUGGAUGAAUGUGCAGAAUAAAAGAUGUGCUGUAGAAGAAAGAAAGGCAUGUGUUCGGAAGAGUGUUUUUGAAGACGACCUCCCCUUCUUAGAAUUCACUGGAUCCAUUGUGUAUAGUUAUGACGCUAGUGAUUGCUCUUUCCUGUCAGAAGAUAUUUGCAUGAGUCUAUCAGAUGGGGAUGUCGUGGGAUUUGACAUGGAGUGGCCACCAUUAUACAAUAAAGGGAAACUUGGCAAAGUUGCGCUAAUUCAGUUGUGUGUUUCUGAGAGCAAAUGUUACUUGUUCCACAUUUCUUCCAUGUCAGUUUUCCCCCAGGGAUUAAAAAUGUUGCUUGAAAAUAAAGCAAUUAAAAAGGCAGGUGUAGGAAUUGAAGGAGAUCAGUGGAAACUUCUACGUGACUUUGAUAUCAAAUUGAAGAAUUUUGUGGAGUUGACAGAUGUUGCCAAUAAAAAGUUGAAAUGUACAGAGACCUGGAGCCUCAGCGGUCUGGUUAAACACCUCUUAGGUAAACAGCUUCUGAAAGACAAGUCUAUCCGCUGUAGCAAUUGGAGUAAAUUUCCUCUCACUGAGGACCAGAAACUGUACGCAGCCACUGAUGCUUAUGCUGGUUUUAUUAUUUACCGAAAUUUAGAAAUUUUGGAUGAUGCUGUGCAAAAGUUUGCUAUAAAUAAAGAGGAAGAAAUCCUACUUAGCGACAUGAACAAACAGUUGACUUCAAUCUCUGAGGAAGUGAUGGAUCUGGCUAAGCAUCUUCCUGAUGCUUUCAGUAAAUUGGAAAACCCACAGAGAGUUUCUAUCUUACUAAAGGAUAUUUCAGAAAAUCUGUAUUCACUGAGGAAGAUGAUAAUUGGGUCUACUAACAUUGAGACCGAACUGAGGCCUAGCAAUAAUUUAAACUUAUUAUCCUUUGAAGAUUCAACUACUGGGGGAGUACAACAGAAACAAAUUGGAGAACAUAAAAUUUUUAUUAAUGUUGAAGAUGAAACAUGGGACCCAACACUUGAUCAUUUAGCUAAACAUGGUGGAGAAGAUGUACUUGGAAAUAAAGUGGAACGAAAAGAAGAUGGAUUUGAAGAAGGAGUAGAAGACAAUAAAUUGAAAGAGAAUAUGGAAAGAGCUUGUUUGAUGUCGUUAGAUAUUACAGAACAUGAACUCCAAAUUUUGGAACAGCAGGCUCAGGAAAAAUAUCUUAGUGAUAUUGCUUAUAAAUCUACUGAGGUACUAAAUAAAGAGGAAGCACAUUUUUACUUUAUUCUGCAGAAAAGAGGAUAUGAAGUCAAUUAUACUGGAAAUUAAUGCUUAAUACUUCUUUUAAAGCAUUUAUCUCCCACUAAUAAUGAAAACGAUACAUCCUAUGUAAUUGAGAGUGAUGAAGAUUUAGAAAUGGAGAUGCUUAAGUCUUUAGAAAACCUCAAUAGUGGCACGGUAGAACCAACUCAUUCUAAAUGCUUAGAUAUGGAAAGAAAUCUGGGUCUUCCAACUAAAGAAGAAGAAGAUGAUGAAAAUGAAGCUAAUGAAGAGGAAGAAGAUGAUGAUAAGGACUCUUUGUUGCCAGCACCCAAUGAAGAGCAAGUUACUUGCCUCAAGAUGUACUUUGGCCAUUCCAGUUUUAAACCAGUUCAAUGGAAAGUGAUUCAUUCAGUAUUGGAAGAAAGAAGAGAUAAUGUUGCUGUCAUGGCAACUGGAUAUGGAAAGAGUUUGUGCUUCCAGUAUCCACCUGUUUAUGUAGGCAAGAUUGGCCUUGUCAUCUCUCCCCUUAUUUCUCUGAUGGAAGACCAAGUGCUACAGCUUAAAAUGUCCAACAUCCCAACUUGCUUCCUUGGAUCAGCACAGUCAGAAAAUGUUCUAACAGACAUUAAAUUAGGCAAAUACCGGAUUGUAUACAUAACUCCAGAAUACUGUUCAGGUAACAUGGGCCUACUCCAGCAACUCGAGGCUGAUAUUGGUAUCACACUCAUUGCUGUGGAUGAGGCUCACUGUAUUUCUGAGUGGGGGCAUGAUUUUAGGAAUUCAUUCAGGAAGUUGGGCUCCCUAAAGACAGCACUCCCAAUGGUUCCAAUUGUUGCACUUACUGCCACUGCAACUUCUUCAAUCCGGGAAGACAUUGUACGUUGCUUAAAUCUGAGAAAUCCUCAGAUCAUCUGUACUGGUUUUGAUCGACCAAACCUGUAUUUAGAAGUUAGGCGAAAAACAGGGAAUAUCCUUCAGGAUCUGCAUCCAUUUCUUGUCAAAACAACAAGUUCCCACUGGGAAUUUGAAGGUCCAACAAUCAUCUACUGUCCUUCUAGAAAAAUGACAGAACAAGUUACAGCUGAACUUAGGAAACUGAAUCUAUCCUGUGAAACAUACCAUGCGGGCAUGAGUUUUAGCAGAAGGAAAGACGUUCAUCAUAGGUUUGUGAGAGAUGAAAUUCAGUGUGUCAUAGCUACCAUAGCUUUUGGAAUGGGCAUUAAUAAAGCUGACAUCCGCCAAGUCAUUCAUUACGGUGCUCCUAAGGAAAUGGAAUCAUAUUAUCAGGAGAUUGGUAGAGCUGGUCGUGAUGGACUUCAAAGUUCUUGUCACAUCCUCUGGGCUCCUGCAGACAUUAACUUAAAUAGGCAUCUCCUUACUGAGAUACGUAAUGAGAAGUUUCGAUUAUACAAAUUAAAGAUGAUGGCAAAGAUGGAAAAAUAUCUUCAUUCUAGCAGAUGUAGGAGACAAAUCAUCUUGUCUCAUUUUGAGGACAAACAAGUACAAAAAGCCUCCUUGGGAAUUACGGGAACUGAAAAAUGCUGUGAUAAUUGCAGGUCCAGAUUGGGUCAUUGCUAUUCCAUGGAUGACUCAGAGGAUACAUCCUGGGACUUUGGUCCACAAGCAUUUCAGCUUUUGUCUGCUGUGGAUAUCUUAGGGGAAAAAUUUGGAAUUGGGCUUCCAAUUUUAUUUCUCCGAGGAUCUAAUUCUCAGCGUCUUGCAGAUCAAUAUCGCAAGCACAGUUUGUUUGGCACUGGCAAGGAUCAAACAGAGAGUUGGUGGAAGGCUUUUUCCCGUCAGCUCAUCAUUGAGGGAUUCUUGGUAGAAGUUUCUGGGUCUAACAAAUUUAUAAAGAUUUGCACCCUUACGAAAAAGGGUAGAAAUUGGCUUCAUAAAGCUAGUACAGAAUCCCAGAGCCUCAUCCUUCAAGCUAAUGAAGAAUUGUGUCCAAAGAAGUUUCUUCUGCCUAGCUCGAGAACUGUAUCUUCAGGCACCAAAGAGCAUUCUUAUAAUCAAGUACCAGUUGAAUUAACUGCAGAGAAGAAGUCUAACUUGGAGAAGUUAUAUUCUUACAAACCAUGUGAUAAGGUUUCUUCUGGGAGUAACAUUUCUAAAAAAAGUAUCAUGGUGCAGGCACCAGAAAAAUCUUACAGUUCCUCAGAACCUGUUAUUUCGGCACAAGAGCAGGAGACUCAGACUGUGUUAUAUGGCAAAUUGGUAGAAGCUAGGCAGAAACAUGCCAAUAAAAUGGAUGUUCCCCCAGCUAUUCUGGCAACAAACAAGAUACUGGUGGAUAUGGCCAAAAUGAGACCAACUACGGUUGAAAACAUAAAAAGGAUUGAUGGUGUUUCUGAAGGCAAAGCUGCCAUGUUGGCCCCUCUGUUGGAAGUCAUCAAACAUUUCUGCCAAACAAAUAGUGUUCAGACAGACCUCUUUUCAAGUACAGAACCUCAAGAAGAACAGAAGACGAGUCUGGUAGCAAAAAAUAAAAUAUGCACACUUUCACAGUCUAUGGCCAUCACAUACUCUUUAUUCCAAGAAAAGAAGAUGCCUUUGAAGAGCAUAGCUGAGAGCAGGAUUCUGCCUCUCAUGACGAUUGGCAUGCACUUAUCCCAAGCGGUGAAAGCUGGCUGCCCCCUUGAUUUGGAGCGAGCAGGUCUUACUCCAGAGGUUCAGAAGAUUAUUGCUGAUGUUAUCCGAAACCCUCCCGUCAACUCAGAUAUGAGUAAAAUUAACCUAAUCAGAAUGUUAGUUCCUGAAAACAUUGACACGUACCUUAUCCACAUGGCAAUUGAGAUCCUUAAACAUGGUACUGACAGCAGACUUCAGCCUUCAUGUGAUGUCAACAAAAGGAGAUGUUUUCCCAGUUCUGAAGAGAUCUCAAGUUCUAAGAGAAGCAAGGAAGAAGUAGGCAUCAAUACCAAGACUUCAUCUGCAGAGAGAAAGAGACGAUUACCUAUGUGGUUUGCCAAAGGAAGUCACACCAGCAAGAAAUUAAUGGACAAAACGAAAAGGGGAGGCCUUUUUAGUUAAGCUGGCAAUUACCGGAACAAUUAUGUUUCUUGCUGUAUUACAAGAGGAGAGUUAUAUUUUAUUUCUGAAGAGUAAGGAAUAGUAUUUUGACUUAAAAAUGAUUCUGAUUACAGAGUUCACUGUUUAUUGAAGAACUAGCAUCUUAAAUCAGCCUUUCGCAAUUCAUGUAAAGUUUCUGGGUCUUCUGGGAGGCUACGUGAGUACAUUACCUAACAGAAUAUUAAAUUAGACUUCCUGUAAGAUUGCUUUAAGAAACCAUUACUGUCCUAUUUUCUAAUCUCUUUAUUAAAACAGUGUAUUUGGAAAAUGUUAUGUGCUGUGAUUUGAUAUAGACAACAGAUUAGUAGUUACAUGGUAAUUAUGUGAUAUAAAAUAUUCAUAUAUUAUCAAAAUUCUGUUUUGUAAAUGUAAGAAAGCAUAGUUAUUUUACAAAUUGUCUUUACUAUUUUUUGAAGAAGCUCUUAAACACAUUGUUAAAUGGUAUUAGUUAACCAGGCCAGUGAAAAUGAAACCACAUUUUGGGUGCCAUUAACUAGGGGAAAAAAAUGUAAAAAAUGUAAAAUGGAUACCAAUUGCACUAGGCAACUGUACAUUUUGUAUUUUAUAUACAAUUUCUAUUAUUUUUCAAAUAAUAAAACAAUGUUUUUCACACUGAA